AUGAUGGACUCGGGCGGAUCCACGGCCAAGCGACGCACCCUCGAUCCGGCCUCGACCCGCGCAGAACCAGCGAGCGGCAGCAGCGGCGCAGCGCAGCAGCCUCUGACGUGCACGCUACCGCCGCAUCGCAAGCCGCUCGUCUUUGCCAGCCCGGCCGAGUUUGAAAACCACUACCGCAACAACCACGCCUUCUUCUGCACCCUCCCCGCCUCCAACUUGCCGCUGCACCGUCUCGCCGGCGACGACGUCAACGGGGGCGAGGCUUCGUCCAGUCAGCCGCCGCCGCAGCAGCAGCAACAGCAGCACCAGGGACAGCAGCAGGGGGGACAGCAGAGCCGGCAAAGGAGAAGGAAGCAGACGGGCACCUGCGGCAAGGUGUUUCCCUCGGACCACUUUCUGCAGCUCCACAUCGAGGAAUGUCACAGCCCGCUGGCGAGGGAGCGUAUGGCGAGGGGCGACAAGACGUUUGGAUGCUUCCUCUCGCCCGACGCCUGCACGCGCAGCUUUGCGACGCCCAAGGAGCGGCGGCUGCACCUCGUCGACGCGCACGGCUUUCCCAGCACGUUUUUCUUCAGCCUGCCCAAUCACGGCACGGGCCAGCUCGAGAAGAGGUACGGGCCGGGCGCCAGCCUGGUCCGGGGCGCGUGGAGGCCCAGCAAGGGUGAAGGCGAUGGCAACAGCAACGGCGACGGGGACGGCGAGAUCGACGAGGUGGACAUGGACGAGGGGCUCGAUGAAGAGGGAGAGGAGGAGGCACCGAGCGGAGGGCAUGGCACAUCCGUGUCGUCGUCGAGGAAGCGCAAGGAGGCUUCGUACUCGCCCGAACCGAUAUCCGCGCCGACGCCGACGCCGACAACAGCAGCCGUGCCGUCGUCUUCGUCGUCGUCGUCUUCGACACGGCUGCAGCCACCCGCGCCUCUCGACGCAUCGGCAGCGAGUGGGCCAUCGUCGACGUUGAAGGGUGCCGAUGAAGCGCUGCUCGAGUCGAUGAGCUCGCUCUCGCUGGUGCCGCCGAGCGUGCGCAGCCGGGCCAAGAAGAGUCAGCAGCAGGGCGGCGAGUUGAAGUCGUUGCCGUCGCCGUCGCCGUCGCAGUCGCAGUCGUUCGCUGCACGGCCAUGA